AAACAGCGACGCGGCUGGCUCAUAACGAAGUAUUUUGCUGCAAAAAGUGCAACAAAUUUGCACACUGCACGCACAUUGCACGCUAGUACUCAAUAUACAUACUUGUACGCGAUUGCUUACUCAUACGAGUAGAUACGUGUGCUUAUUUGUGGGAGAAGCGCGAGAGCAAAAAUUAGUCGGGUAUAAAAGCGUUAAUCGAUUGCAGUGAGAAGUAUAGUCGAGUGAAAGAAGUGCACUUUUGCAAGAUAAUUCUAAAUAAAAGUAGUUAGAAAUAUAUUCAACAUAAAAAUGGGUUGUCCAGCGUGUUGUAAAGACUGCAAAUGUGCUGCAGACAAGUGCGGUGAUGGCUGCCCCUGCGAUCAGCAAUGCAAAUGCAAGUGCAAGACCGGCGGCAAAGAUGACUGUUGCAAGAAGUAAAUUUGAUGAACAUACGAAGAAUUAGAAAUUCAAAUAUGUUGCAAAAUAUACCAACAAAUAAUGCAAAAGCGAACGAUUGCAAACUGAAUAAAACAAAAUUUAAAAACAUAAAAAAAUAGAAAAUUCUUUCUUGUAAGCU